AGUAACUACUCUCGUGUGUCGUCACCCUGCACCCCUUCCACGUCGCCCGUCCUUAGCGUCUCAUGGCGUCCCUCACCUCCCGCCUUCCCCCAACCCCCGCGCCCGCUCUACUGCGCCGUUCCCCGCCGUCGCCCCACUCUGUGGCCCUCCUCUCGCUUCCCCCGUCCGCCACUCACCCCUGUCGGACCUGUUGCCCCACUCCCCGCUCCGCCGCCACCCGCACGCCUCUCGCGCGGCCGGCCGCCCUCCGCCUACCCGCGGGCUUUCGCGGCGGAAAGCCUCUGCCUUGCCGCGCGGCAGACGCGCAGGCGGCGGGGGAAGGCGCGGGAGAGAGGGAGGUGGUGUCGCUGGGGACGGCGGUACUGCCGGGCGACUGCGACCUGGAGAGCCUGGAGGCGAUGAUGGCGCAGUGGGCCACGUCCCUCACCCAGAACGCCAACCUGCCUCUGCAGUCCCCCCUCAAGGUGGACAGGGUGCCGGGCGGCGUGCGGCUGGGCGUGGAGGUGAGUGAGGACGACACCACGAGGCCUGUCGACAUCAUAGUCACAGUGGAGCCGGCCUCUGCCGAAUCCCCUGCCAUGUUCCGAGCCGUGCGCGCCGGCCCUCACUGCCAGCUCACACCGCCCGGCGAGCCCGCUCUCAUGGCCUCCAUGCUCUCCGCCCUGCGCAAGUCCGUUGCGCUCUCCCGACCACCGCCGCCACCACAGUAGGCAGUGAUUUUCACCAUGAAGGGUUUUUUUUAUCAAAGUUAACGAAUGACUAGAAAGGUGGGAUACAAGGGAAUAUAACCUAGAGGGUUGUACUCUCUAAGGCACAACCCUAUAUAGUCUAUAAAAACAUACCGUAAUCCCUCGUAUAUAAGACCCGCCGAAAUAGUCAGACCACGGGUGGCUUAUGCGGGGGAUAACUUAUGAUAUCACGCAUUUUUUAGAGUACCCGCUGUUGAAAUGUAACACUACACUCGAAGAAGACUACAAGAGGUACGCGAGUCAACGGAGGUUACACGAGGGGGCGGACAAAGAACACGAAGGGUCUGGGACUCAAAGGGUCGCAACUGGAGGUUGCGACUGACCGUUACAACAGCGCGGAUGGUAACCGAAGCGACAAUCGAGUCGCUGUGCGACUCGAUAAAACCGCUACUGCAACUGUACUCUACAACUGUUUUCUUAUCUUCUAUAUAUUGCUGUAUGCUUGUCUCUUUAAUCAAUCACUUGUUCUCAC